CGGGGUUCCCGCGCGUCCUCCGAGUUCUCAGCUUUUCGGGCCCUGGACCCUGAAGCAUGACUGUCAAGAAGAUCGCGAUCUUCGGUGCCACCGGCAGGACCGGGCUCACCACACUGGCGCAGGCGGUGCAAGCAGGUUAUGAGGUGACGGUGCUGGUUCGAGAAUCCAGCAGGCUGCGGUCAGAGGGGGCCCAGCCAGCCCACGUGGUGGUGGGAGAUGUUCUGCAGGCGGCAGAUGUGGACAAGACUGUGGCUGGGCAGGAUGCUGUCAUCGUCCUACUGGGCACUGGCAACGACCUCAGUCCCACUACAGUAAUGUCCGAGGGCACCCAAAACAUUGUGGCAGCCAUGAAGGCGCAUGGAGUGGAGAAGGUCGUGGCCUGCACCUCGGGUCUUCACCCUCCAGAUCUUUGUGGGAGAGGCCUACCAGUCUCAGGAAGGCUGCAGCACAGAGUGGCAGGUAUAAUCUCCAGAGGUGGGUGGAGGUUUAAGAUGCUCUUAUCGGAGGUUGUGGUGGCUGCUUGUUACCUGGUGUGGAAUUCUGGGAUCCCGCUAGGCGUGGUAAAUGGGGUUUUCAGGCCGUGCGGAACAUUUGGCCUCCUUCCUCCUCGCAGUCUGCUUGGUUACAGUACCCGGAAGCGGUGUGCAGAGUACGUCGUGUGCCCUGAUAUGGUGUGA